AGUGACCAGAUUCGGGCAUGCGCAGGAAAUCACUCCCUGACGUCUGUACAUGUAACCUUGUGCAUCACUUGUUUAACACUUAAACAUUGCUGACAGACCAGACAGACUAAACAUGAGUGCGACAUAUCUCCUGCUGUUGUGUAUAGGCGUCGCCAUCCCAUCGUCCCUGUCACAGGAAAUGACGUGUCCUCGCCAGGAAGUGCCGGAAAGUGCAGUAGACUGCUCGACCACUGACUCAGAAUUCCUCACCUGUGCUUGUAACACCUACAAGUCCAGCAUACUGGAGGUUAUGGGUUCUCUAGCGUGCCUCAUUCCAGGACUAGACUUCUCAAUGAACACUCCCCCGCCUGUGGCAACAACACCCGUCUCACCAACAGCUGGUACAAACAUGACUAUGUCCUCGGCCAUACCAACGAGCCCUAUCAUCACCAUAUAUACCUCUCAACCCCGACGGGGUGGUAGCCCUGGACUUGGAGCACUCUUUAAUCAGGAAUUGGCUGAUAUGAUAAAAAAUAUAACGUCAAAGCUUGGGGAAGAAGUUUUUGACAAACUUUGCGAAGGCAUACCAGCGUUACAGCAAUGCGUAACAUCCGGCUACAAACAAUCCACGAAACCGGCUGAUGUUGUUUUGAGGAGGUUUUUUAAUCUUGACAACUUGGGAAAAGUCUUAACCUCUGUAUGUAAACUCAAAGCAGAAAUAUUUGACAAAGGAGAGUGUGUGACAGACGCAGCGCUGCCCAUGUCUGCCUGUGUAGCGUUGUCGUUAUUUUCAAUGCCACAGUCACCGACGGAUAUGAUGUCCGGAGACCUGGACAUGUAUUGUCCAUUUGCCGGUGAAGUUGUUCGGUGUAUAAGCAUUCAGGCGAAAUCCUGCAGCCCUAGCCUGGGGACCACGAUAAGAAACCUGCUGCCUGACCUGCUAUCCCCUAGCUGUGGUCAGCUGGCUGCCGCGGAGACCAAUAAUCCCAUCAUGGCAACUCCGGUCAUGUGCUCUCUAUCUACUCUGCCUAAGACACUAAAUAUGGUUGAGGCAUUGGGCACUAGUCAACCAAGUGCAUCACAAAUUAAUGCAAUGAUCGGUGAUUUCAUAGAUGUAUAUUGCGGAGAUCUGUCCAGCCUUUUGACGUGUAUGCACAAUGAGUUGCCGUCCUCUGUGAAUUCAAUGGACAAGUUCAUCAAGGCGAUUGUUGACGUAAACCAGUUCGCCUAUGCCGAUACGAUAACCCAAUAUAUAUGUGAACCAUCCCGAGUACAAGCCAUCAAAGACGCGUUGCCCUGUUUGAUGACUAAAGGAAAUGAGAUAGGUAUCUGCAUGCAACAGCAGGCUUUCAAUUUCAACUUCUCCACAAUUGGAAUUGAUGCGUCUAAGGACAGACUGGCAUAUUGUGGGCCGAUCCAGAGCGUCAUGACCUGUGCUAUCGACACCGUUAUGUCACAGUGUGACGCUGACCUUGCGGCAGAAUCCCGCGACAUCUACUUAUCCCUGAUGAGGACAGACUGUAACGGCGCCCGGAACGGUGAAUUACAGGGCGCGAUUGACGCGCAGCGACAGGAUAACAACAAUGCCUACACAAUCCAUCCGACUCUAACCCUCCUCAUGAUGAUGGUCUUUCUCCUACUGUAGUCUAUGUCGUCUUUCUCCUUCUGUAGUUCUCUAUGAUGCCACCGUUUCAUCCGUUGACAGAACAGUUGACUCCAUUUGAAAGAUUCAAUCUCGCUGAAAAACAAUCGGAUGCUGACGAACUGCAAUGUUGUUACUGAACCGGUAUUGCCGUUGAAAUGUAGUUGUUGUGUACACAGGGACCUGAGAAUUUGUUACAGCUAUAUUUGGACCUAUAUAAUGUAAAAUGUAUUCUCCUUCCGCGGACAUGA